GCUUCAAUGGGAUUUCUGUGUUUAUUUUUCGUUGUGUGCAGAAAAUUGAAUUAAAUUUUUGCAUUCGCGAAUGAUAUCACGCGGUGACGUCACGUGCAUAAAUAAAGUAAAACUGCGGUGAAGCUAGAGGAGUCCGGCGAUAAGAGAGUGGAGUUUUGGUGGGAGAUUUUUCGUGCACAAACUCGUCAACCUUCCACGAGCGGUUGAGAAAACGAAGCUCGCGCAGUUUCGACGUUGUGUUUGCGUGAGGAAAAGGCGACGAGUUAUCGCGGUCAAAUUAUAUUGAAUAAUUCCGUGUGAUUUUAUUUAUAGAAAUUGCCACGACUUUUCGGGGAUUCAAUCGUAAUUCCACAUUCAGUGUGGACGUUCUCUGGAUAAUUUUUCUGUUUGUAUUUUGUGAAGUUGCUUCCGGAAAGCAAGACAGGAAGAGGAUUUCGUAGCACUGUGUUUUCCUUACACUAAAAGGGAAAAAGAGUCAGGAAAGACGAAGGGAAGGAGAGUGUUUUGUGUGUGAAGUGAAAAAGUGAGGAUUUCCGGUGUGUGGAAACCAACAAGGAGGAACAAACAGCGUUCCAGAAGAGUGGCUAUUGGGGGUUGAAGUAACGUGCAAGAAAGAGAGGAUACAAUGUCGACCCCAAAAGUUCCACCACCGCCACCGCCAAAGCCAUCGAAUCACAAAGGGGGUGAUUCAGUGGUGAGCCACCAGCACAGUGAGGAGCAUCAGGCAAACGGUGCCACAGACAACCAUCCACCAGCAAGGCAGGAGCAAGUAGUGAUGACGCCAAAGGGUAAGACCAGUAACUCCACAGUAAUUCUCAUUGAGAGGAAGUUGGUUGAGGAAAUCAGCGAGCGUGUCCAUGUGGCGGGGGGUGAUCACAAGGGGAUCAUCAUAAAUAAAGAUGCCAUUAAAGAUCAAAAAUCACAGAUUGUUCCCGCCCAGCUCUGCCUUGAAUUUCGAGUUUUUCUAGUCAGCGCCAACACAGGACAACACUCCCAGGAAUCACGUACCCUACGUUUCUGGUUCCGUGAGUGGAUCAGUGAUGUUGAGAGACAAGCACAGGUAGCCCAAGAUUUCUUCCGGGAACUCGUGACACCCAAAGAAUUUCCACGAGACUACGUGGGCUUCAUUAAGAAAAUCAUGAAGCAAAUGCAAAAGGGGUAUGACGACAUACAGGCCCUCGAAGUGGAGUUGCGAAUUCUCGAGACAACGUCCGCACCACCAUCUAGGCCACCGCGACCGGGUUAUUUGAUAUUUUGCUAUGGUGACUGCAAUAGAAAAUUGCACAGCCGCUUAUCAUCGAGUGCAGUGUCAAUUGAAGACACCCAAUUUGAAGUGAUUCCGCUGACGCCAGAGAAAGUUCUUGAGCUCAUUGAACAGGCGUACCCUAAUCCAAUAACUCCGGAGGAUUUAGCAAGGGACAAUGGAUGGAGUGAGGAGGAAGUUCAACAAGUGCUCACAUCCCUACAAAAUCGUGGUCUCGUCAAGGCUAUGGAAUACAAUUCCUAUACACGAAUCCACCAUGAGGACAAAGAUAUUAAGGUGGUGAAGCAAAUGCCGACGAUUGCUUCAAAUAAGCAACCAACAAUCGCCAUAAUCACAGCUCAGUACUGUGAGAAAUUGGCCGUUGAUGCUAUGUUGGAGAAUAAAGAGACGUUUGUGCGCUAUACAACAGUGGGAACAUCAGCAGAAAAAGAUGUAAAUGGGUUAGAGAGGAGGAGGCAAAAAAAGAAGAGAUUUGGUGAAUCGAAUGUGUACACCUUGGGUAAUAUUGGGGCUCACAGGAUUGUAAGCACAAAGCUACCCAGCGUGGGAAGUAGCAGGGAAGCUAUGACGGCCACUGGUAACACCACGACGCGUCUCUUGGGCACAUUCCAGAAAGUGGACUACGUCUUUAUCGUAGGAGUGGCCGGUGGUGUACCACACUACACGGACUACAGAAAACACGUGCGCCUCGGGGAUGUUGUCAUCUCACAUCCAGACAUCAAAAGGAAUUCCGUGCUGGAGAAUGGUCACUCGAAUCCCUGGGGGGACGAUCAAUUCGUAUAUGUGUACAACAGUCGCGGCCGUGAGGUGAAAACGUACUUUCCAGUUAAUCCGUGUCUGCAGCAGAUUGCCAAGUACCUGCAGAUGCAGCAUGUGAAGAAACCAUGGGAAAAUUACCUAAAGGAUGGCCUUAAGCACCUCCAGGAGCGCACCAUUAACGACUUCACCCGUCCCGCCGCAAACACCGACAAGCUCUACAUGAACAUCGGCAAUCGUGAUGUAAUUGAGGUGGCGCAUCCGCAGCAAGCACCACAGGACGCACAAGAGGAUGCUACAGAUGCUGGGGGGCCACUCACACGUGUCCAUUUGGGACCCAUUGGUUCGGGUAGUGAUCACAUUAAAUCAGACACACUGCGCACAGAAUUCUCCAAAACUUUUGGGCUUCUUGCCACGGAUAUCGAGAUGAGCUCCGUACUGGACAGCAUUAUUGGCAAUUGCCGUGACAGUUUCAUCCUCGUCAAAGGAAUAUCGGACUACAAAGAUGGCACAACGACCAAAAAGUGGCAAAACUAUGCAUCACUGGCUGCUGCAGCUGUCAUGAAGAGCAUCAUUUGUGCCAUGGAUGCCCCUACGAAUGUUUAAGGAUGUCUCAGAGGGUGAUUUUUGCGACUGCAUAAGUACACCUCCUGGUAAUUCUGGGAGGUGACUUGGAGAGAGUACCAAAAGAGCGACCAAGAAGAAUGUUUGUACUUUUGUGCUAUUUUUUUUUAAGUUUCACUUGUUGUAGUCACCUGAAAUAUUUAUUUUGCUAUUGAGAGGUGUAUUUAAAAGGGCUUCCUCGCCACACCAUCCCUCUUCCCUGUCCUGAAUUUAUAAUCCACCCCCACACAUACAAAAUUUUUGCAAUCAAAUUGAAUUCAAUGGAAUUUGAAAUAAAAAAAGUGUUGCUACUUAAAAAA